AUGCCAACAGCCGAUGGACAGACUGUGUACGGUGUCAAAUUGGAUUGUGAAAUGCCAUUUGCGAAUAUUAUCAAACCAAGUUUGAAAAAUCAACAUUGACAUCGAUGUAAACAAGCCGGCGUAUGUUCAUCCAGGUCUUGCGAGAGUUCUGAAAAAGACACCAUCGGAAAGAGAAAAAAUGACUUCGUUGGAAAAGGCUGAAGAGAUAAGUCCUUCGGCGUAUGUUAUGGAAGCCGCAAAACUACGCAUUGAAUACACCGAUGAGGAAUUCGCAAGAAUGGUCGACGAUGAAGAUUAUGCAGAUAAACUCGAGAGACAGAAACUAGAGGAGGCAGCGAAGAAGUUGAAGGAGGCAAAGAAGAAUGAGAAGGAAGAGGAAUCAGGAAAGAAAGAGAAGAAGGAUGAGAAGGAAGAGGAAUCAGGAAAGAAAGAGAAGAAGGAUGAGAAGUCAGUAAAGAAAGCGAAGAAGGAUGAAAAGUCGAAAAAGUCGGAGAAGAAACAGGUCGGAAAGAAGGAUGAUGGAAAAGGAAGAAAAAAUGCUGGAAAAGAUGGAAAGAGAAAGGGCAAAAAGCGUGUUGGGACUUUCGAUAAAGAUGGCUUGCUUAUGGGGCGCUUCACGCUUCACUCCAUGCCUCAACACAUGCUUGUUUAUAAUGGAAGUGCCCAGAACCCGGCAGAGAACGAUGGAAAAGAUGGGAAGAAAGCGGCCAAAGUUGAUGGAAGUGGGAAGAAAGCCGCCAAAAAUUUUGAAAAUGGCAAAAACUAGAAUGUCUACUCGUAUUCAUUGUGUUGGUUGCGUGAAGGUUAGUCGGAUCCCUCUAAAAAUGUAGAAUUUCAAUUUCUGGGUUCCCGAAAUUCUAACUGAAAAAUCGAAUUAUCUCUGAAAUUUCGAGCAUUUUCCAAAACCUAAUAAAAUUCUGUUUUUUUUUUGCAGAUUUCGUCUUCAACAGCACCUUCACAAACUUGCCAGCAUUACUCGUAUUUUCAUAUGAAUAA